GACCUGGAUUGCAGAAAAAUACUUUCAGUCUGUCUCUACGUUUUGUCGCCCUCAAAAGUCGAAAGUUCCGGGUUGGCAUCAUUUCUUGCACUUUUGUCUGUCUUUCUCUCCUUUCAUCGCCGAAUGUGUGCCCUGGAGACAAUAGCAAGUAUAGUAGAAGAUAACGGCUUAUCCGACCUGCUGUCCACUGAACUGACGUCACAGCUGGAUGGUUCAGGAUCAUGUCCAGUAAGGAGACCAAAGCAGCGCUGAAAGCAGCUCGGGAGGCUAUCAGGAAGAAGGAAUACAAGGAGGCUCUGAAACAUUGCAAGGAUGUCCUGAAACAAGACAAGAACAACUACCAUGCGCUGGUGUUUGUGGGCGUGGCAGCAGCUGAGUUGGACCAGCCUGACCAGGCACAGGCGGCGUACCGGCGGGCAGCGGAGGCCGAACCAGACCAGCUGCUGGCAUGGCAGGGUCUGUGUGGGUUCUAUGAAAAGCUGAACAGACCUGACCAGAGGCAGGAACUGUCUGAUGUCUACAGCAGACUGAUGAAGCUGUGUCACAGUGAUAAAACCAAGUGGCAAGAACUUGCAGCAAAGCAAGGUGAUCUACUGGCUAAAGUUGGGGAUGUCAGAAAGGCAGUGGAAGUCUGGAGGGAGAUCAUUGUUGCUAAGGAAGCAGAUGACAAUGACAAUGUGGCUGAGUUCUGGGUCAAGAUCAUCACAGUGUUGUCACAACAGAAGGGCCUGUCAAUAGAGGACAUGGACUUGUUGAAGAAGGCUUACUCCACUGUUAUAAAGUCUGGUACAGUUGUUGGAGUAGAUCACAGAAAACAUUAUGAAGGUUACAUCCGACUUCUUCUAGAGAACCAUUUGGAGACUGCAGCUCAGAUAGAGGCCCUGUGCAGGGACAUGGCCUCCACACACCCUGACAGCACCUUCCCACUGCAGACUCUGUGUCUACUGGGGAUAGAGGAUGACUCAGUUUCAGAGGCCACCCUCGCCUCCUGUACAAAGCUGCAGUCCCUGGACCCCGACAGUUCAGCAGCCCGGCUCCUGCAGGGGUUCCACCUGCUGCACAGGGAGCCUGCACGAGCCAGGCAGCUGCUGCAGACAGGUGUGGGCAGCAGGAGGGACUGUGUGUACGGCUGGCUGCACCUGGCGCAGGUGCAGGUCAAGCUACACGACUGUGGGGGAGCGAUAGACUCAGCAAGGCAAGGUUUAAAGGUCCUGGAGAAACUACAAAGUGUGAAGAACAGAGACACAGUUCAGAGGAAGCUCACACUUCUACUAGCAGAAUCCCUGACAGGAUCCAACCUCCCAGCUAACCUGACAGAGGCACUCCAUCUAUACACUCAGGAAGCUGAAAAAGAACCGUCAUGCCAACAAGCUGUUCAAGGACUUUGCCAGACGUACAUUAAGCUGGGAGAUCUGGACAAGGCAGAGAAACUUUGUUACCAAGCCAUAAAGUCUGAUGCCACCCGACACACCAUGGUGGCACUGCUGGGGCUGGUGUUCUCACGGCAGGGGAAGUACGAAGAGGCAGAGGAACAACUGAAAAAGGCAGUGGAAUUGGACAGUGAGGUUGCCUUGUACCACUUCUUGUUAGGACAGUUGUACUGGAUCAUGGGAGACGAAACCAAGAAAGACAAGUCCAAAUGCAUGACAAGCUUGCUGAAGGCUGCAAAACUCGAUCCGCAUCACUCAGACACAUUCUUGUACCUCGGGCACUACUAUAGAGAUGUGGCUGGGGAUGUGCAGAGAUCAAAGAGGUGCUACCAGAAAGCGUUUGAUCUGGACCAGUCUAGCGAGGAAGCUGGGGCUGCAUUUGGAGAUGCGUGCAUUGCUUUGGGAGAGGAGGAGGCAGGAUUGAAACUGUACGUCUCUGUAACCAGUAAAGCAAGUGCAGGUACUGCCAAGUGGGCCUGGCUGAGACUGGGGCUGUACCAACUGAAACAUGGGGACGGGACCCAGGCUGUCAAGAGCCUGCAGGCUGCACUCAGGGCUGAUCCAAAAGACCCCCACUGUUGGGAGUGUCUGGCAGAGGCGUACCUGAGUCGUGGCGGGUACACUGGCGCCCUCAAGGCCUUCACCAAGGCUGCAGAACUCAACCCUGAGGCAACAUACAGUCUGUACCAAGUAGCAGCAAUCAAACAAGUCCUUGGACAGUUUCCUGAUGCCAUUGCAGAAUACCAGAUCAUUCUGGAGAAGGAUAAUGGUUACGUUCCUGCCUUGAAAGGCUUGGGAGAAACAUACCUAGCACAAGCCAGAGAAGCAUUGAAUGAGUACUUGAAUGGGAGGGUUGUAGAUGCAUCUCAGUCAGCCAUCCUUGCUCUGGCCAAGGGAGUGAGUGUGAGAGCAGACCUGUCAUGCCUGUGGAAACUGCUAGGGGAUGCCUGCACAUUGCUUCAUCCCCUCUCAGCAGAUUUGGUGACAGUUAAUGUACCUGGAUCACUGCUGAGGAAAGGGAAGGAGGUUGCUGAAGACCAGGUUAUGGGUAAGAGAGACGUCCUCGCUCUUGGUGGCAGAUGUUAUGGCAGGGCACUGCGUCUAGCGGAGGACUGCUCUAGCCUUUGGCAUGACCUCGGCUUGAACUACUUUUACCAGGCCCAAGAGGACAGUGAUAAAGAGGCUUCCAAAGGUCUUGUAGAAAAAGCGACACAAGCUUUGAAGAAGGCAAUAACACUGGAGAGUGGGAACCACAAACACUGGACAGCUCUGGGCGUGGUGACAGCUUCAAAAGAAGCCGAUAAUCCUGAGUUGGCACAGCAUGCCUUCAUAAAAUCCACUCAAGCAGAACCUAACAACGUGGAGGCAUGGACCAACCUAGGUGCACUGUACUUAAGGUAUGACCAGGUGGAGCUUGCCCACCAAACCUUUAAGGUUGCACAGUCACUCAACCCGUCUUACGUCGCAUCUUGGAUUGGCCAGGCAUUGGUGGCAGAAACCAUCGGACACGAGGAAGCCAUGGACCUCUUCCGACACACCACAGAGCUUGGCACGCACUUGGAAGGAGGGAUCGGGUACGCCAACUGGGUGUGCGCUACGCUGCAAGACACGACAAACCGGAACAGUGACGUGUACAAGUACAACAUUGUACAGAUGGGAGCCGUGUUGGCUGCAAGCCUGGCUCUGUCAAAAUACACCGACCGCGUUCACUCCAACCCCACCGCCUACAACAUGCUGGGGCUACUGCUGGAGCACCAGGGGUUGCUACAAGGGGCAGAAAGGGCAUUUUCCUGUGCAGUAGAACUUCUGAGUGGAACAGGAGACCAGGACAAGCUGAACAAGGCUCUGUGUAACCACGGCAGAGUGCUGUGUGCAGGAGGAAGGUUUGAGGAGGCUGUGACACAGUACAGGGCUGUCUCACCACUGGGAGAGUUCAGGGAUGUCUGUGGGUUGGCACAUGCUCUGUAUAGGGCUGGGAAACUAGAAGAGAGUUAUGCAGCCUAUGAGCAGGCCUUCCAGGUGGCCCCCUCAGACACAGACAAGUCCUGCGUGCUGGCAGCCAUGGCCAUGGUGGCUCACAAGUUUGAGGACGUGGAGAGAGCCAAGACUCUGCUGUUCAGAUGUUCCCAACUCCAGCCCCCCAGUGUGCAUGGUCUGCAGGCCCUGUGUGCGCUGGGUCUGACCAAUGGGGAUGUGACGCUGGCCUCUGCGGCGCUGGCAGAACUGUUGAAACAGGGAGACGACCAGCGGUUCCUGUCUGACGUGAGUUUCCUCACGGCCUGUCUGUGUGCUGCGCAAGGGGACAACAUGGCCGCCAGGAAUGCUAUCCUGAAGAAUAUCCACAAGUACCCAUCAGAGACAAAGUUGUGGGAGCUCCUUGCUGCCUUCACCCUCCAGCAGCAGCCACAGCAUGCCACAGCUGCACAUGCGGCUGCACAGGUGCCCCACACCCUGACCCCCACCCCCACACAAGAACAGGCUUUGAACCUCAGCCUGGGGAAGCUGGCAGCUGGGGUCCACACUAGGGACAGACGGACGGACGGACUGGUGGCAGCGCAGAAGGCUGUUCAUCUGUACCCAGGUCAGCUGACAUCAUGGCUAGUUCUGACAGCAGCGGUGUAUGCCAAUAACGUGGUGUCAAAGGUUAAGGGUCAGGGUUCAUACAGGAAAGGCGCUGACCUGGGCUGUACCAGAGUGAUCACAGCACUGCUAGAACAGCCUGGACAGCCGGAGAACUCUCCUGUCAUGAAACAGUGGGCUACUGUGCAGACAGUCAGCAGUCUCAUGGAGCUGGGGAGGUUUGAGGAGGCUAAGAACACUUGUAAUAAGGAGAGUACUCCCUCCCCACCCCUCAGCACCCUUAGUGCUAUGGCCGACAUUGCCGUGAAAGUCACAGCUGGACAGCCUGUUGACUCUGUGGAACAGCUGAGGACAGCAGUGCUGUCAAACCCGACAGCUAUGGCCUGGCAGCUGCUGUCAUCAGUGUACCAGAGCCAGGGCAUGGUUGUAGCAGCAGAGAUGUGUUACAGACAGAGUCUCCAGGUGGCCACCUCUCCACAGGGGAAAACCACUGCCCUACUAAGGCUAGCCUACUUGGCUCUACUCAUGGUACAGGGCAAGGGUGCAGAUGUGGAAAGAUGGAAGUCAUUGGCACUGGAGGCCACCAAUGAAGCACUGAAGAUAGACCCAUGGUGCACUACUGCUCAGCUUCUACAGGGGGCGUUGUACUUCUCUUUGAAAAAUAUCAAACUAUCCAAGAAGACUCUAGAACGCCUCCUAUUUAAGAAACAAUCCAAGAAGACUCUAGAACGCCUCCUAUUACAGACGUCAGUAGGAGAGGAUCUGACUCUCUCAGUGACAAGAUUGUAUCUCUUAAAGAUUCUCCUGGCCAAGGAUGAUGCUUUGAAAAUAUCGGAGUUACUAAAAACAGCAGAAGAGCAAGAGGACCCGUUGUUUGAGAAACUAAAGCAAAUUGCAGGAACAUAUAGCUAGAACCACAAAGGCAUCACUAUAUGGCCAUUGUACUCAUCACCAGUCCUGCGGUACCACAACAAUCUGCUAGCUGGUGCUUCAGUACCAAAAAUCAUGAUUUAAAAAAAAACUUAUGAUUUAAAACAAAAACAUUUUCCUGGAUGCAGAUCCAGCGCUUUCCGGAAACAUCUUUUUUUGAUAGACAAAGGCCAACCCACAAAACAAUUGAAAUAUAUUCAUAAUGUUUUGGUGGUUUCUGUCAACAAAGUAACAGACAAACCAAGGAGGUUAAAAAAGAACCUCCUUUGACAAACCAACUAAUGAACAAAAUCUCAUUGAAUUUGGUAUUAGGCUUAGUUGAGGUACGUGUAAAGGAUUUAAGCUUAAGACAUGUCUCUUAACUAAUAUAAAGCAGUCAAGUUUCUCACUAUGUGCCUCAUUAAAACAUUUGUCUGCCUUUCAAUGUGUAAAGUUUACUAUGCAUUAUUUUUAGUGGGCGGGGCAAUAUCUGGGCAUUGAAAGUAAAAAUAUGAUGAAAAAAGAUCUAUACUUCAAUGUUUGUUGUGCCUUCUUCCAUUGUUGGCAAUUGUACAUUUUGUCUCAAUUCCAAACUCUACCAACUGAAAUGACAACUCAACAUGUUUGAUGCUAUUGUCUUUAAUAGAAUACUGUCACCAUUCUGAAAAGAGAUAAACUCUCACCUAGGUGGUGAUAAAAUGUUGAAUGUUUCUUUCCUGUUUUACCAAAUUUUAAAGUGCAAAAAUAUAUGCCACUGUGAGCAAUGGACUAAUGUUUGAGGUAGAGGCUGCAGAAAAUGCAUUGAAUGGAGAGGCAGAUGGGGCAUGUAGUUCAUGCAAAAUGUAGCACAAAUAAGAUGAAUUUUAAAAGAAUUAAAAUGAGGCUCACAUAUGUCAAUGAUGCAUAUUUGAUAAUAAAUGCAUUCGCAAGUGGGA